AUGGGGUUGCACCAACAUUUCAUUCCCUCUCACCCACUCUCAUACGCUCUCAUUCCCUCUCACCCACUCUCAUACGCUCUCAUUUCCUCUCACCCACUCUCAUACGCUCUCAUUCCCUCUCACCCACACUCAUACGCUCUCAUUCCCUCUCACCCACUCUCAUACGCUCUCAUUCCCUCUCAUCCACUCUCUUACGCUCUCAUUCCCUCUCACCCACUCUCAUACGCUCUCAUUCCCUCUCACCCACUCUCAUACGCUCUCAUUCCCUCUCACCCACUCUCAUACGCUCUCAUUCCCUCUCACCCACUCUCAUACGCUCUCAUUCCCUCUCACCCACUCCCAUACGUUCUCAUUCCCUCUCACCCACUCUCAUACGCUCUCAUUCCCUCUCACCCACUCUCAUACGCUCUCACUUCCUCUCACCCACUCUCAUACCCUCUCAUUCCCUCUCACCCACUCUCAUACGCUCUCAUUCCCUCUCACCCACUCUCAUACGCUCUUAUUCCCUCUCACCCACUCUCAUACGCUCUCAUUCCCUCUCACCCACUCUCAUACGCUCUCAUUCCCUCUCACCCACUCUCAUACGCUCUCAUUCCCUCUCACCCACUCUCAUACGCUCUCAUUCCCUCUCACCCACUCUCAUACGCUCUCAUUCCCUCUCAACCACUCUCCUACGCUCUCAAUCCCUCUCACCCACUCUCAUACGCUCUCAUUCCCUCUCACCCACUCUCAUACGCUCUUAAUCCCUCUCACCCACUCUCAUACGCUCUCAUUCCCUCUCACCCACACUCAUACACUCUCAUUCCCUCUCACCCACUCUCAUACCCUCUCAUUCCCUCUCAUCCACUCUCUUACGCUCUCAUUCCCUCACACCCACUCUCAUACGCUCUCAUUCCCUCCCACCCACACUCAUACGCUCUCAUUCCCUCUCACCUACUCUCAUACCCUCUCAUUCCCUCUCACCCACUCUCAUACGCUCUCAUUCCCUCUCACCCACACUCAUACGCUCUUAUUCCCUCUCACCCACACUCAUACGCUCUCAUUCCCUCUCACCCACUCUCAUACGCUCUUAUUGCCUCUAACCUACUCUCAUACGCUUUCAUUCCCUCUCACCCACUCUCAUCCGCACUCAUUCCCUCUCACCCACUCUCAUACGCUCUCAUUCCCUCUCGCCCACUCUUAUACGCUCUCAUAUCCUCUCACCCACUCUCAUACGCUCUCAUUCCCUCUCACCCACUCUCAUAUGCUCUCAUUCCCUCUCACCCACUCUCAUACGCUCUCAUUCCCUCUCACCCACUCUCAUACGCUCUCGAUCCCUCUCACCCACUCUCAUACGCUCUCAUUCCCUCUCACCCACACUCAUACACUCUCAUUCCCUUUCACCCACUCUCAUACCCUCUAAUUCCCUCUCAUCCACUCUCUUACGCUCUCAUUCCCUCUCACCCACUCUCAUACACUCUCAUUCCCUCCCACCCACACUCAUACGCUCUCAUUCCCUCUCACCCACUCUCAUACGCUCUCAUUCACUCUCACCCACUCUCAUACGCUCUCAUUCCCUCUCACCCACUCUCAUACGCUCUCAUUCCCUCUCACCCACUCUCAUACGCUCUCGAUCCCUCUCACCCACUCUCAUACGCUCUCAUUCCCUCUCACCCACACUCAUACACUCUCAUUCCCUUUCACCCACUCUCAUACCCUCUAAUUCCCUCUCAUCCACUCUCUUACGCUCUCAUUCCCUCUCACCCACUCUCAUACACUCUCAUUCCCUCCCACCCACACUCAUACGCUCUCAUUCCCUCUCACCCACUCUCAUACGCUCUCAUUCACUCUCACCCACUCUCAUACGCUCUCAUUCCCUCUCACCCACUCUCAUACGCUCUCAUUCCCUCUCACCCACUCUCCUACGCUCUCAUUCCCUCUCACCCACUCAUACGCUCUCAUUCCCUCUCACCCACUCUCAUACGCUCUCAAUCCCUCUCACCCACUCUCAUACGCUCUCAUUCCCUCUUACCCACACUCAUACACUCUCAUUCCGUCUCACCCACUCUCAUACCCUCUCAUUCCCUCUCAUCCACUCUCUUACGCUCUCAUUCCCUCUCACCCACUCUCAUACGCUCUCAUUCCCUCUCACCCACUCUCAUACGCUCUCAUUCCCUCUCACCCACUCUCAUACGCUCUCAUUCCCUCUCACCCACUCUCUUACGCUCUCAUUCCCUCACACCCACUCUCAUACGCUCUCAUUCCCUCCCACCCACACUCAUACGCUCUCAUUCCCUCUCACCUACUCUCAUACCCUCUCAUUCCCUCUCACCCACUCUCAUACGCUCUCAUUCCCUCUCACCCACACUCAUACGCUCUUAUUCCCUCUCACCCACACUCAUACGCUCUCAUUCCCUCUCACCCACUCUCAUACGCUCUUAUUGCCUCUAA